AUCAUGGUUUGUAGCAUGUUUACGUUUCUAUAAUGUGUGUGUGUCUCCUCAGAGCAUUUUUCCAUCAGAGUUCAGCCAUGAUGCAUCUGCCUGCUGAGAUAGGUGACUACACUGACUUCUACUCAUCCAGGGACCAUGCCACCAACGUUGGCAUUAUGUUCCGAGGGAAGGAGAAUGCCCUGAUGCCCAACUGGUUGAGGCUCCCCGUGGGGUAUCAUGGCAGGGCUUCUUCCAUAGUGGUGUCUGGGACCCCCAUACGCAGACCCUCUGGACAGAUGAGACCCGACCAAUCUAAGCCUCCUGUGUUUGGCCAGUCUAAGCAGCUGGACAUUGAGCUGGAGAUGGCAUUCUUUGUAGGUGGAGGUAAUCGUCUUGGUGAGCCCAUUCCCAUAGAGAAAGCCCACCAACACAUCUUUGGCAUGGUGCUGAUGAACGACUGGAGUGCCAGGGAUAUCCAGGCGUGGGAGUACGUUCCUCUGGGUCCCUUUCUGGGGAAGAACUUUGGGACAACCAUCUCACCCUGGGUGGUUCCUAUGGAGGCCCUACUGCCCUUCGCUGAGCCCAACACUGUCCAGGAUCCAAAGCCCCUCCCUUAUCUACACCAUGACGAUGCCUUCACCUUCAACAUUAAUCUGUUUGUGUCAGUGAAAGGAGAGGCAAUGAAGGAAGCAGCCACUAUAUGCAAGUCCAACUUCAAGUAUAUGUACUGGACUAUGAAGCAGCAGUUAGCCCAUCACACAGUCAAUGGCUGUAACGUCAGACCUGGAGACCUGCUGGCCUCAGGAACCAUCAGUGGACCGGAGCCAGACAGUUUUGGUUCUAUGUUGGAGUUGUCAUGGAAGGGUUCUAAGACCGUGGACUUGGGAGGAGGAGAGACAAGAACCUUCCUAAAGGAUGGAGACGAGGUCACUCUUACAGGUUACUGUGAGGGGAGUGGGUAUAGGGUGGGUUUCGGACCGUGUGUGGGGACCAUUCUACCAGCCCUGUAACCCUGAGAAUCAUCCACCCUCAAUGUCUCUUCCAUCCGGUGGGGGAGAGGCUGUAAAGUUACCCUUUCCCAACAUUGUUACUGAAGUCCUUUAAAGGGACGAUCUGGGAUUUUAAAAACAACAAAGCAGUCGGAUGGAUGUACGUACCAAUCCAGGAUUGACCCUUUAAAUUUUCAUUUUAAUGAAGGAUUCUUGUUUAUCAUUUCAAAGUAUUGUUGCCAGAAACAGUGUUAUAUUCCAUAAUGUUGUAACUAUGUGGUUUGGUACCUGACAUGUAAAAGAAACGGAUGAAUCUUUUAACCCUUUGUCUGGGUUUUGUUUUCAUCCUGUUGACUUACUGGGUGAUACAGUCAGAAGUUUACAUACACCUCAGCCAAGUAAAUGUAGACUCAGUUUUUCACAAUUCUUGACAUUGAAUCCUAG